AUGUACAAAGAUGCAAAUAUUCAUAUAGAUGAGGACUGGGAAGCCAGAAUAACUGCUGAUAGCAGUGAAAUCAUUUCAGAAUAUUUCAACACAAGUACAUCUGGGUGUACUGAAGGAAGGAAUACAAACUUUGGUGUUACAUCAGAUGUGUUAGAAGAAAGUACUUUUGAAGAAAUUGAUGAAAGAGAAGGACACUCUGGCAGCUGUGACACAUUACUGGAUGAUGCAAAUCCUGUUCAAGAUCAGGUAUAUACAUUUGCUCCAGGAGAAGGACAGACACCAUUGAGUUUGUACACAGAUAAGGAUGCAGAAUUCUUGUCUUUUCCAACCAUUUACUGUGGUCAGAGGAUGGCUUCAAAUGAUGAUCGUAAAGUUAAAGUUCAUUACAGUGAUCUUGUGAAAUGGGAACUAAGAAACAUUGACAGACGUGCAGCAAAUAGUGUGCCAAAUUUAUUUUUCAAAAUGAAGAAAAUUCAAAUGAAGCAGAUAUCGGACAAAGUCAAUCUUGUAUUGAGAAGAUGCAAGGGCACAGAGAAGAAAUUAACAGCUGGUGAUGUUCUCAAUCAGGAAGUACUUGACAAGAUAACAAGAUUAGAUGAAGGAUAUUACAUUUUUAGAACUUUGAGAAACAGUCCUCCCUAUCUAGAGGCAAAAAAGAAGGAGUUGUUUGCCAUGAUUAGACAACUGGGAUUACCAACUUGGUUUUCAUCUUUAUCAGCAGCAGAUACAAGAUGGCCUGAGUUGCUCAAAACUCUUGCUCAACUUAAUCUCAAGAAAUCACUUACUGAUGAGGAAAUAGACAAAAUGACAUGGGCUGAAAAAACUGACCUGGUGCAAAAAGAUCCGGUGACAUGUGUUCGUUUUUUUGAUCAUAGAGUACAUGUGUUUAUCAAUACAGUUUUGAAGAGUGAGCAUCAUCCUGUUGGGGAACUGAUAGACUUUUUUUAUCGUGUUGAAUUUCAACACAGAGGAUCACCUCACAUUCAUAUGCUCAUGUGGAUAAAAGAUGCUCCAAAAUUUAAGGAAGAUCCAGUUACUCACAUUGCAAAAUUCAUAGAUAAGUAUGUAUCUUGCUCUGCAAAUUGUGAUGAUGAAAUUGCACCACUUAUAGAAUUACAAAUUCACAAACAUUCCAGAACUUGCAGGAAAAAAGGAAAAGACAUUUGUCGAUUUGGAUUUCCUCAGCCUCCUAUGGAUUCAACUUUGAUCUUGGAACCUUUAUCAGCAGAUGACUCAGAUGCAAUGACGUACAAAGAAAUUUUUACGAAGGUGAAGAAAGAAUUAGCAGAUAUGAAAGAAGGGAAAAAAAUUUCUUUCAGUGAAUUUUUACAAUCACUGAACCUGGAGAAAGAAGAUUACAUAAAGUCAGUUAGAAGUUCCAUUGAUAGACCACAGCUUUUUCUGAAGAGAAACCCUUGUGAAAUAAGAGUGAAUCCUUACAUGAAAAAUGUUUUGUCAGCAUGGCGAGCUAAUCAUGAUUUGCAGUUUGUCCUAGACCCAUAUGCAUGUGCCAUGUACAUUGUGUCCUACAUUAGCAAGUCUCAACGUGGUAUGAGUAAUCUGCUUGAUCAAGCAUGUAAGGAAGCAAGGGAAGGAAAUAUGGAUUUGAAAAAACAGGUUCGACACAUGGGAAACAAGUUCUUGAAUGCAGUUGAAAUCAGUGCACAAGAAGCUGCAUACUUAAAUUUACAAUUACCUUUGACAAAAAGUUCAAGAGAUGUUGUGUUCAUAAAUACUUCACCUCCAGAAGAAAGAACCUUCUUGUUAAAAAGUAAAUCUGCUUUAGAAGAAUUGCCAGAGAAUUCCACAGACAUUCAUGCAAGCAGUAUAAUCAAGCGUUAUUCACAGAGACCAAGGCAGCUUGAAAACUGGUGUUUAGCAGAUUAUGCCGCUGAACUAGAAAUUAUAUACCCAAAAGAAUUUAAAGAAAAUGAGGAGUUCCAAGAGCAAAAUGAUGAUACUGAAGAUGAACAAGAAUUGAAAGACUUGGAAGAUGAAGAAAUGGAUUCAGAAUUGAUUAGAAUUGUUAUGAAAAAUGGCAUCAUUAUUAGACAAAGGAAGAAGCAAAAUGCAUCCGUUAUAGAAAGAAUUUUACUCUUCCAUCCAUGGAGAAAGGAACAAAUUGACAUUAAAGGAAACUCAACUUAUGAAGAAAAAUACAAUCAACUGAAGAGUUUUAUAGCUGCUAAAGUUAAGAAGUACGAACGCAAUGCAGAGGAGCUGGAAAAGGCACAGAGACAAGCUGAAGAGGUUGAUGUACAAUUUGAUAGAGUAGCACCUAGCACAGAACAAACUGAAGAAGAGGACUUGGAUGAAGGGAGUCGGGAAAGUGAAGCAUUUGUGUAUUUUGACCCUAAGCGUCCAUUAAAUCACCAGACCUAUGACAUAGGAAUGGAUCUUGGAUUACCAUGUAGUGCUAACAAUGAUGAUCAAACUCAUCAGUACAAGAUGACCAAUGAGCAGUAUUUCCAGUUAGUUAGCAAGUUAAACAAAAAGCAAAUGGAGUUUUUUACUCAUGUGCUUCAUUGGAUUAAAACUAAAAAAGAACCACUUAGAGUUUUCCUAACUGGUGGUGCAGGAGUUGGAAAGUCUGUUGUUGUAAGAGCUUUGUAUGAGGCACUCACAAGACACUAUUGCUCUACUGAAGGUGAAAAUCCAGAUGACUGUAAAGUUUUACUUUGUGCUCCAACAGGAAAAGCCGCAUUCAAUAUAAAGGGACAGACGAUACAUUCAGCAUUCAAAAUUCCUGCAAGUCAAGGAUUUAACUGCAAGCCACUUGAUAGUGAAUCCUUGAACACCCUUAGAACAAUGUACAAAUAUUUGUCAACGGUCAUCAUUGACGAGGUUUCAAUGUUAAAGACAGUCAUGGAUGGAUGGGUUUUUGAUGACUUGAAGAAAAACUUUGGACCAUUGGCAACUAACCUAUGGCGGGACUUGUUCACAAUGCAUGAACUUACGGAAAUAAUGAGACAGAAAGAUGAUGUUCAUUUUGCUGAGUUACUUAACCGUUUAAGAGAAGGAAAUCAAACUGAAGCUGAUAUACAGACAUUGAAGCAGCGCUGCGUAGAUGAGUCACAACCAGUAUAUCCCAGAGAUGCUCCACGAUUGUAUACAAGAAAUGAAAGUGUGAAUGCCUACAACAACCAAGUGUUUCUGCUAGCUGAUGGUGAAAAGGUUAAUAUACCAGCUCAUGAUUCUGUAGUGGGUAGGGAAAAUUUAUUACAGCACUUGAAUUUGCCAGAUGACUCCUCUAAAACAGCUGGAUUGGCCAAAAAUGUUCCCAUAGCACUUCGUCUGCAAUAUGAAAUCACUGCAAACUUAUGUGUGGAGGAUGGGCUGACAAAUGGUACAUCAUGUAAGGUGGAGUACAUAGAGAGGAGACAAGAAAGCACUGAAAGACCAAGUAUAAUUUGGGUUUCUUUUGAUGACAGAAAUACUGGAAAAUUAUGGAGAUAUCAGUAUAGACAUCUGUUUGGGCCUGAAGUAGAUAAGUCUUGGACACCAAUAUUUGACGUGAGAAGAAGCUUUCAGUACCUGCGACACACUGUUGUACGUAUACAAUUUCCAUUGCGACUUUCUGCAGCCAAGACUAUACACAAAUCUCAGGGGGACACAAUGGUUCAAGCUGUAAUUAAUCUUGAUAUGAAUCCAAAAUUUACAUUGCCACACAUUCACUAUGUUGCACUAAGUAGGGUAACAAAGAUUACAGGACUUCAUAUUUUGAGUUUAAAUGAAAACAAAAUUUGUGCGUCUGAGAAGGUGAAAAAAGAAAUGUGUAGACUACGCACAGAAGCAACUUUACAGUUAUGUUUCAAGCCAAUAGAUUCGACAAACAACCAGACCAUAAACAUUGCGUUUCAGAAUGUGAGAUCACUGCAUGCCCAUUUUGCCAGUUUCAAGACUGAGCCAAAUCUUCAACAGUGUCAUAUCAUAGGAGUGGCGGAAACUUGGUUGACAGCAUCAGAUGAAAAUGAAGACUAUGAAUUGGAGAAUUACAACAUGUUCAGGUUGGAUUUUGCAUUGAAUCGGCAAUGUGGCAGACCCCAUAGAGGAAUUAUUACAUACAUAAGAAAUGACUGUCAAAUCAAUAAUCAUGUUAGCCACUCAGACAAAGACAUAGAAUGGCAGUACAGUGAAAUAAAGUUCAAAAAUGAGAGUUAUCAAGUUGUUGUGCUGUAUAGAAGUCCAAGUUCUACUGUUGAAAGAGCAAAAAACAACUUUAUCAACAAAUUGUCUAAAGUAGUAAAGAAUCAUCAGAAUAUAAUCAUUAUUGGGGAUUUCAAUAUAGAUCUAUGUAAUGGAGGCUCUUCAGUGGCAACAUACAUGUCUGAAGCUUUCAGUUGUAAACAAAUUGUGUCGAAGACAACCCAUUCUUCUGGAUCAUUGAUAGACCAUAUUUACACAAACAUGACAUGUAAUAGUAUCACUGAUGUCAUUGAAAGUGUUUAUUCUGACCACAAAAUAAUAUAUACAUCUUUAGCUAGAGAUUUUUGA